AUGUCCACUCCCACAUCAUCGCAGAAUGUUCUGUCCACAAACAACCUCUCAGUCCUGCCACCCAUCCUCACCGAUGGGACAGUGAAACGGUCAUCGACGCAUCCGAAAGAUCGGCUCUCUACGUAUUCCAAUGUCUCGUUUGCAUCACAGAAUCGUUCGCGCCCAGGCUCCCAUGUGUUCCCGAUUUUCCAUACCAGCCUGCCAUACGCUCUUGUGCGAGACUUUGCCUAUUCGUCCACCCACCCCCUCCAUUAUGGGCCUCCCCCUCCUCGCGCCUCCGGAGUCUCCACACCGGCAAGUGAACAUCGACGCCUCUCCGACCCACCGCCUUCCUGGGAUAUAUCGCGUGGAUGGUCAACAGGCCAAUCGGGCACAGAAACUCAGACUAGCCAUGCCCAUCAACAGUUGCCAGCCAUGUCCUUUGGGGAUGGACCACCGUACAGCGAGGAUGAAGACCUGCAUAGCCCAGUUGUGACCUCGCGUCAUCGCAAGAAGUCUUCGGACGUGAAUGGCCUUGUAGAUGAGAGAGUCAUGUCUGGAACUGGCCAGGCGGUGAGCAAUGAUCGCGGAAUGCUCGUUGGCAUCAACGCCGAUGGCAGUGAGACUUAUUAUGUAAAUGAUGGAGACACGUCAGAUGAUGGACCAGGGGGUGAGUAUGUGACGUAUCCGGCAAAUGAGGGGCGUUAUUCAAUCAUGGGAUACAGCGCUCCGGGUGGCCAGCAGGGUUAUGAACAUGACACUGGAUUUGAGUCCGAAGAUGAAAUUCCCGGUGGAAACCGGUACUCUAGAGACUAUCAGUUUGCUGUUGGCUGCCCGGAUGAAGAGAUGCAUGGAAAGGCCGUUGCGCUCUUUGACUUCACACGAGAACAUGAGAACGAACUGCCUCUUACCGAGGGCCAAGUGAUUUAUGUUUCAUACCGACAUGGCCAGGGCUGGCUGGUCGCAGAAGAUCCCAAGACAGGGGAGAAUGGCCUUGUCCCAGAGGAGUUCGUGCGUCUUCUGCGAGACAUCGAAGGAGGUUUGACGUCCCUGAAUGGGGAACCGAACCUUGAGGCCACCGGGAUCGCAGAUGUCAGCCUAGAGUCCACCGAGUCUGACCAAAUAUCUACGCCAACCCAGGUAGAGCAGCAGCCACCAUUUAACACGAAUGCUCAGUCUGGAAUCAAAGCCACCAACGGUAAUACCCCAGCUGCAGCGUCGACGGAAGAUGCAGAUGCAUCUCAAUCUACAUCGGAUACCGGGGUCCCAAACGGUAAAGCGGCCGAGAGCGCCGACAAACGCUUUAGCACCUGA